AUGUCAGUACCUUUACAUUCACUGCGAUUCAAUAACAUGCGGAGGGAAGAAAACGUUGACCUCCAAAGUGGGGGUAUGAGCUUCUCUAGGCCAAUGACAGAGACCAGGGCAGAAGAGCAAAUUCCUCAUUCUCAUGCACAGUUGCCUAUAACCUCAAAUUCAGCCUCAGACCCCGGCGGAACAACCACACAACUGAUGGCAUCCCCAGCCUUUGACCCCAUAUCUGCAUCUAUGAUGGGAGCGGCAAACGCUGAAGUAGAGUCUCCACCACCCAUACCAGCGUCAGACUCUGGGACACUGUCCCCAUUGCUAAUGCCAGCCUCAGAUUCUGGAAUAUUGUCCCCACUGCUAAUGCCAGCCUCGGACCCUGGGACACUGUCCCCAUUGCUAAUGCCAGCCUCAGAUUCUGGAACAUUGUCCCCAUUGCUGUCCACUUCAGAGUAUGGGUUAAUGUCCCCAGGAAUGAUGACAAUGCCUGACUUUGGAACAAUGUCCACAGCACUACUGGCAGCAACAGAUUCUGCAGAGGAAUCACCAUUGGCAAUGCCGGCUGCAUCCUCUGGAGUGAUGUCUACACCUGCAAUGAGCACUUCAUCCUCUGAGGCCAUGUCUGCACCAUUAAUGCUGGCCCCAGAUCCUGGAGAGCUAUCCCCACUCCUCCUUCCAGAUAUAAACCCUGGAGAGAUGUCCAUACAGCCAAUGCCAGCUUCAGGCUCUGAAGCAAUGUCCCCAUUGCAAAUUACAGAUGAAGACACUGAGGCAAUGUCCAAAGUGCUGAUGACUGCCCUUGUCUCUGGAGAGAUCUCUUCACUGCUCAUGUCAGGAACAGACAGUGAAGCGAUAUCCUCCCUGAUAAUGUCGGCCCUAGCUUCUGGAGAAACAUCAUCUCAGCCAGUGAGCAACCACGACGCUGGGGGACUGUCUACCCAGCUCAUGUCAGGCCCAGACUCUGCAAUACUGUCCUCACUGCUAAUGUCAGCUCCGGACUCUGGAGCAAUGUCCUCACCACUGCUGUCAGUUGCAGAGGGUGAAGAAAUGUCUAUGUUACCAAAGUCAGCCUCAGAUGCUGAAGCAGUGUCCCCGCUGUUGAUGAUGGCCCUAGCCUCUGGAAUGAUACCUAGCCAAAUGAUGCCAGUCCCGGGCUCUGGACUGAUGUCUCCACAGUUAACACAGCAACCAGACACUGAAAUUGUGUCUCCUCUACCAAUGAGUGCAACAGCAUCCGGGGUGAUGGCCACACCACCAAUGAGAGCAUCCGACUCUGCAGCAAUGUCUGCACCACUGGUGAGAGCCCCAGCAUCCGGAAAUAUGUCCACAUCACCAAAGACUGUCCUAACUUCUGGAAGCAUGUCCACCCCACCGAUGACAGUCACAAGCUCUGUGGCCAUGGCCAUGGAACAAGUGCCAACCACAGCCUCUGGAGUGAUGUCCACACAGCUACCAAUGGCCCAAACUUCUGGAGCAAUUCCCACAAGCUUUAUGAAGGCCACAGCCAAAGGAGCAAAGUCUACACAGAGGAUGAGAGCUCCAACCUCUGGGAUGAUGUCCGCACCACUAAGGAGAGCCUCAGCUUCUGGAGUGAUGUCUGGGCAGCCAGGAACAGCCACAGCCUCUGAAACAAUGUCCAUGCCACAACUGACAGCCCCAGCUUCUGGAUCAAUCUCCACACUGCAAAUGGUAGGUCCUGUUUCUGGAUCAAUGUGCAUGUCACAAAUGAGGACCACAGUCUCAGGCUUGACAUCUACACCACAAAUGAAAGCCAUGGCAUCUGGGGCAAUAUCCACCCCGCUAAUGACAGCCAAGGCUUCAGGAUCAUCAUCCACACUGCUAAUGAGAGCUCCGGCCUCUGGAGCAUUAUCCAAGCCACUGAUGACACCCAAAGCGUCUGGAGCAAUGUUCAUGCAGCAACUGUCAACAGCGGCUUCUGGAGCAAUGUCCACAUCGCUACUUGGAGCUCUAUCCCCACCCCAAACGACAGACACAGCCUCUGGAGGGAUGCCAACACUGCUAAUGGGAGCCACUUCCUCAGAAGUGAUGUCCACAUCACAGAUGACAGGCAUAGCCUUGGGGGCAAUGUCCAUGCCAGAAAUGAAAGCUCCAAGCCCUGGAGCAAUGACCACAUCACUAAAGAGGGCCCCAGCCUCUGGAAAGAUGUCAAGUCAGCCAGUAGGCACCCAAGACUCUGGAGGGAUGUCCACAUCACUUGUGAGACCCAUGAGCUCUGGAGGGAUGCCCAUGAGAGCCCCAGCUUCUGUUGUGAUGUCCACAUCAACAGGGAGAGCCCCGUCCUCUGGAGCAAUGUCCACAGUGCUAAUGAGAGCCUCAGACUCUGGAGAGUUGUCUGCACUGCUCACGAGAACUUCAACAUCGGGAGAGAUGUCCCUGCCACCAAUGAGGCCCUCAGUGUCCAGAGACAUAGCUACACCUCUGAGAUCCCCACCUUAUGGAGCAACAUCUGCUCCACAAAUGAUGACGUCCCUGCCACAAAUGAAGGCUCCAGUCUCUGGAGCAAUGUCUGCACAGCUAAUGAGAUCCACAGCCUCUGGAACUCUGUCUUUGCCUCACACGACCUCCAUGGCCUCUGGAGGGAUAACUGCACCACCCACGAGAACCCCAGCCUCCAGAGGGCUGUCCACACCAAAACUGCUACCCAUAGCUUCGGAAGACACAUGCGUGCUCCCAAUGGCCACACCGCUAAGGAGCCCCUCAGUUUCUGAAGCUGUGUCCAUGGAAUUAACAAGAGCUUCAGCCUCUGGAAGGAUGUCCACUCCACAGAUGACAGCCAUGGUCUCUGGGGGAAUGUCCCAGCCAUUAAUGAGGGCCACAGCCUCUGGAACAGCAUCCAUGCCUUUGAUGUCAGCCACAGCUUCUGGAGAGAUGUCUGUGUCGCUGAUGAAAACCAUGGCCUCUGGAGCAACAUCCACACCGCAGACCAGAGCCCCAAGCUCUAGAUCUUUGUCUUUGCCACAAACAACAUACAUAGCUUCUGGGGGAAUGGCCACACCACCAAUGACAGCCUUAGAUUCUGGAGAAAUGUCCACACCUCUUUUGAGAGCCUCAGCUUCUGGAUCCAUGUCCACACCACUACUGAGAACCAUUGCUCCUGUAGGGAUACCCACGCUGCUCUCGAGGGCCCCAACCUCUGGAGCAAUGACAACACCUCAAACAGCCUUAGGAAUGACGUCCACCUCCAAAACCAAAGCCGCAGACUCUGGAGAGGUCUUUACCCCUCACGUCAAUGUCACAGCCUCUGGAUCAGAGCCCAUGCCACACAUGACCGCCACAGCCCCUGAAGCAACAAAUGCGCAACCCAAGGAAGUACCAUCCUUUGGAAUGUUGACUCCAGCACUCUGCUACCUCUUAGAAGAGCAGGAAGCAGCCCGAGGUUCAUGCUCCGAGGAGGAAGAGAUGGAGGUUGAUGAGGAGAAGCAAAUGAAGGGAUUUCUGGAUGAUUCGGAGAAAAUGGCGUUUCUGGUGUCUCUUCAUCUGGGGGCAGCAGAGAGAUGGUCCAUCUUGCAGAUGGAGGUAGGAAACCCCCUCUCAGAUGAGACCCAAACUUUCCUGAGCAGGUCCCAGGGUCUAUAUGACUCCCUAUCUGAGAUAGACAUCCUCAGUGCUGUCCUCUGCCAUCCCAAGCAGGGCCAGAAGUCAGUCAGGCAGUAUGCCACUGACUUCCUGCUGCUGGCCCGCCACUUAUCUUGGUCUGAUGCCAUUCUGCGGACCAGGUUUCUGGAAGGCCUCUCGGAAGCUGUUACCACCAAAAUGGGUCGGAUCUUCCUGAAGGUGGCCGGCAGCCUAAAGGAGCUGAUAGACAGGUCUCUGUACACUGAGUGCCAGCUGGCUGAAGAGAAGGAUUCCCCGGGCAACUUGAGCCAGGUUCUGCCGACAGCCUGUAAGCGAAAUAACGAGGAGGCCAUGGGGAAUGAACUGAACUCUCAGCAGCAGACUGAAGAGCACCAGCAUGUUUCCAAACGCUGUUACUACCUGAAAGAGCAUGGUGACCCUCAAGAGGGUCUUCAUGACCACCUUCGCCAGAGCACAGGCCAUCAGAAGGCCCCCACUAACAAGUAAUGCUCCCCGGACUCUUCGAUGAUAUCUGACUUGGCUGCUAACCUGAGGACUGUUUCCUGGACCCAUUACAUUCAACUGCAUCCUAAGCCUUGUUGCCUUCAUCCACGAGCCCCAACUCCAGGCACAUCCCACCCUGUCUCCCACUUGGUCAACUUGACCUUCUUUUUCACCCACAUGCCUGUGACCUGCCUGGACAGUCAGAGUGUGGACUAUAAGAGCAUAUGGUAUGUGAGGUUCUGAGCGCUCAUCACCAUCAAGGCCAUUCCUAGUUCUUGGUCCAGGGAGAAGUCCAGGCAGGAGAAAUCAUGUCCUACCUCAAAAACACUUUAGAGUAUCUUGCCAUGUGUCAUCAGGCAAACUUGAGGGGGCCCUGGCCCCAUUUCACCUGGAAGGACAGCCUAUAAGGUGAAUGAUGUCCAAUCCUAUACCACCCUUUUAACCCAGGGGAUUUGCCCUUACGUCCCACCUUGUAGCACCUAAAAUGGGUCUCUGGGGCCCUUGCCCAAUUUAUUGUCUCCAUCCCAAACCACUUGU